AUGCUUGGCCCCCGCCCUUUCGCGAGGCGGGCGCCCCACGCUCUUGCCUGCUGCCUGGCUCUGGCCAGCUUGAUGGGGGUUUUGGCCUUGGAACCCGGGGAAUACACUCGCCUCAACCUGGACAACGGCGACUUUGAAGACUUUCAGCUCAGCGUGGUUCCCGAUUACUCCCCUGAUAUCGGCUCUUGGAUCGUCAUUGGCCAAGAAGCAGGCGUCUUUCGUCCCUCGCUCGACUCCUUUGCCACGGUCGACCCCCUCCCCGCACCCUUUAGCGGACGGCAGGUCGUGUAUGCUCGCAAACAAUCGGCCGUCUAUCAGAUCCAACCUGUACCGCUCCUGGAAGAUACCGACUACAAACUGGUCGUGUCCAUCGGCAACCGCCUCGACUUUCCAUUUGGACAAGGCGCCGUUGUCGUUCGCCUGAGCAAUGGCACCGUGCUGUCCCGCUUCGACUUUACGCGCGAUUCAUUCCAGCCAACCUUGACCAAAGGGAAAAUUACCAAUGUCACCCUCGAAUUUAGCACCGUGAAUGAUCCCGCCCUUGCCGGUCUCACAUACGAGAUCAUGUUGGCCAACGUUGGCUCGACACGUUCUCAGAUUAUCUUUGACAACGUUCAACUCUUUUACAACACCAUCAUUUACACCACCCCCGAGCCCGUGGCGCUGCGUAUCUUCAAUCCCAGCUUUGAACGCCCCAUUGUUGAGGAUCCUGAAGAACCAUUUCGUAACACACUUCGUGUCUGGGAGUCCACUGGUCCAGCUGGCGUCUUUAAUCCCACCCUCAACAAUGCCACCUAUAUGACCCUUCCUGCCACUGGCCUACAGGUCAGUUUUGUGCGGCCUUCUGGGGAGCUACGCCAACGUCUUCAGGGUGUUGCCAUUGAAGCGGGGGGCAUCUACAACAUUUCCUUUGCCAUCGGCAAGCGUCUGGACCGCCCUUUCCCCACGGCCGCCUUUGCUGAGCUGCUCUCUUUUCCCUCCGAAACGGUCCUGGCCUCGGUGGCCAUUACCGAAGAAGACCUCGAGAGCAAUGCCGACUUCACCGCCGUCACCAUUAGCCUGCGGACUCUAGAGGGCAGCGAUUUGGAAGGCCAAGACAUUGUAUUGCGUCUGCGUGCAGAGGGACCGGCCAACAGCCAAGCCCUCUUUGAUAGCUUCGAGGCCAUCUCUCAGUUUGUCGACGUGGAUGCGGUCAGCACCAUUAUCAUGUCCACCAUGGAGCCCGAAACCCCAAAGGCCGCACCUAGCUGCGCCAUUGGAUGUUCCCCCGCCGCGGGCCAGCAGGAUUCCUUCAACUCUGGCCUGACGACGGGCGUUCACUCCAUUCUCAUUGUCGAUUUUGAUCAGGACGGCGUCGUCAGUGACAUGCUCUUUGCCAACAACGGCACGGGCGCCAUCAUGUUGUCGCGGGGUACCUUUUAUCGUUUGACUCAAGCGAGUGGCAUCAUGUACCCGGCCAGCGGAGACCUGGACCGCGAUGGCUACCCCGAGUUUGUUCUUCCCAGCACCACGACUGGAAGGAUCUAUUUGCUCAACAACAAUCAGGGCAACACGUCCCUCACGACCGGCUCAUUGCUCUCUUACAACUUUCCCGGCAUGCGCCAGGUGGUUGUCGCUGACUUUGACAAUGAUCGUGACAACGACAUUGUCAUCGCCAUCCACGACUACAACCUUGUGGCCGUCGUCGACUUUACCUGCUGCCUGCCGUAUCAACCCUGCUUGCGCCAAUGCUCGGUGGAAACCCGCAGCACAACAGCUCGAGCCAUCGGCUCGGUUCAAGGCGCACACGCUGUAGCUGUGGGCGAUGUCAACGGCGACGGCUAUCCCGAUGUUGUCGCCGGUGGCGAGGAGUUGAUUCUCUUUGAGCGCGACGCUGUUGGCAAUUACACGCGUCGCGAGUUGAGCUUUCCCGAUAUCUACAUUCAAGUCAUCUCGGUGCACAUUGCGGACAUGAACAUGGAUGGCCGCAUGGACAUUUUAGCUGCUUCGAGCCUCAGCAACGCCCUGGUCGUGUUUGUGCAAAACCUGGGUGGCUCUUUCACGCCCGUGACCGUGGCCAACGACUUGCUCGGCAUUUCCAGUGUCCAGGUGCUUGAUUUGAACAGCGAUGGACGGCUGGAUCUCUUGGUGGCUGCCCGGUCUGUCAACGAGGUGUCUUUCAUGCUCAACCAGGGUGGCAGCUUCAGCGCGCGCCAAGUUGUUUUCAGUGGCAUCACUGGUGUCCGAGCCGUUGCAGGCAGCGAUCUGGACAACGACGGGGACAUUGACUUGGUGGCCAGCAACUACGCCACGGGUGCGAUCCAAUUGCAUUUCCCGUCAUGCUGCAGCAACGGCCCCACGGAGGCUCCCACGACGACCACACCUGCUCCUCGCUUCGUCUUUGCCAACCCGAGCUUUGAGGAUGACAACCUGGCCGGCAGUGCCGUGCGCUUUGUCAACGUGGCGAGCGGCUGGCAGAUCGAGGGCAAUGCCGGCACCUUCCGGCCAGCUGCUACUGCAUUUGGAGCUUCGCCGCUUCCAGAGCCACUCGACGGCAAUCAAGUCCUUUACCUGCGGUCUGGCGCCACCGUGCGCCAAACGUUGGGCAAUGCCUUCAUUACCGCAGAGACGCCAGUCAAUGUCAGCUUUACGAUUGCUUGGCGCCAGGAUCGUGAGAUCCCCUUCCCCACCACCGUCAUUGCUACUCUCCAAGGUGACCGCACCGGUGCGCCCUUGGACCAAGUGACUUUCGAUAGCGUAAGCGAGGGCUUGACCCCCGGUUCAUCGGCUGUGCUCUCCCUCUCCUUCGUGACCGGGUACGGUAACCCGAUCAACGGGGAGCAUUUGGAGAUUGUCCUCACGGCCACUGGCUCAGAUCAGGCCCAGGCCGCCCUCGACAACUUUAUGCUCGACUUUGUGCCAGCCGUGACCACGGAAGCCCCAUCCACCAUGACCAUGCUGCCUUCCACCAUGGAUGUGGUGACGACAAUUGAGCCCACAACCACCGCCGAGCCCACAACCACCGAGCCCACGACCACAACAACAACCACGACCACGACCACGACCACGACCACAACAACCACCAUGACUACCACUGAAACCACCACGGCACCCACCACGGUCAUGCCCACGACGACGACAGCGCCGACAACGGUCAUGCCCACCACCACCACGUUUGAGCCUACCACCAUCGUGCCCACCACUGAGCUGCUCACCACUACGGUUGUCUUUACGACGGAAGACAUGAUAUCGACUGCCGAGGAUAGAAACCUCACCUACGACAUUGCCAUUCUCAAUCCCAGCUUUGAACUCAACGAUUUAGCGGCCAGUCCAUCACGGUUCACCCUGGCAGCUGAUUCCUGGCAGCUCUCGGGUGAAGCCGGCACCUUCUUGCCCCCGCCUGCAGCCUUUGAUCAAAUUCAGGGGUUUUUGGCCGCACCCGCUUCGGGUCGCCAGGUGCUUUUCAUGAAGCCUGGUGGGAAAGCCUGCCAAGCAUUGAGCACGCUUCAGAUGCAAGCGGAGGAUGUUUUUGCCUUUCGUUUUGUGAUCGGAUGGCGCCGAGACAAACCCUUUUUCUUCCCGGAUGAGCUCACCUUCUCGGCCACCAGCUCCCUCACCAAUGAAGUCAUGGCAACUGCCACCCUCACACAGUCGGAUCUACAAAUACGUGCCGGUGAGUUUGUGGAGGUGGAGAUUUCCUUUAUCGUCGAAGGAGGCAGCUCCUCGCUUGGGGAAGGACUCGACAUUUGCGUGGCCACCGAUGGCGAGGACACCUCUGCCCAACUGGUUGUGGAUGCGUUCAGCGGCAUUUACGUUCGUGAGCGCGUCGUUGAAACAACGCCAGCCCUUGAGACCACCACGCAGGCACCCACGACAACCGCGUCAACGACUAUGGAGAGCACGACCACGGCGCCUACCACUCCGUUGAUGACGACCACGACACCGCUGGAAACCACUGUGGACCCACGCUUUGUCUCCUUGCCGGUGGGCAACCCCAGCUUUGAGAUUGACGACCUGGCUGGCCUGUCGAGCAACUUUGUUGUUGGCGCCACCGCGUGGGACGUUGCUGGUCAGGGCAAUGUGGCCGGCACCUUCCGGCCCCUUGCCGCUGACUUUGGUGACGCCUCGAUCGAAUGGCUGCCCGCGCCGGCUGACCAGCGCCAGGUUUUGUUCAUCAAGCCUGGUGCGCGCGUUUCACAAGUCGUCUUGGAAUCGGAUCCCAUUCCCGGCUCGAUCGUUACAUUUUCGUUCGCAUUGGGCUGGCGUGCCACCCGAGCCACAAGCUUUCCUGAUUCGGUCACCGUUGAGUUGCUCACAUCCAGCUCGGGUGUGCCUCUGGCUGCGGAGACUUACACCGUAGCUCAACUGGACUUGGCGAUGGGCCAAUUUGUCGAGGUGACCGGCUCGGCAGAGGUGCCUUAUGGCAUUGACUUUGGUAGCGAGUUGAUGCGGAUUGUCUUCAGCGUUCAGGGCGAGUCUCUUGACCAAGCUGCCAUUGAUAACGUCAAGCUCUCUUUGCUGCUGCCGGUGGACACGACCCCUGAGCCAACGACCACAGAGGAGCCAACGACCACGAUGGAGGUGACAACAGUGGAUCUGCCCAUCCUGGCGGGCCACUCGUUUGAGGAGCCCGACUUUGAUGUGGUAGACGGCAGCCUCUUUGCGGAGACGGCGCUUGGUUGGGUUGUGUCCGGUUUGGCCGGCACCUUUGCCCCGACCAGCGAAAACUACGCCGAGCUGGCCAACAGCGAGAUGCUGCUGCCCCCGGCCGAGGGCGAUCAAGUGCUGUACCUCCGCCGUGGCGGCGUGGCGGCGCAAAACGUGAGUGAGGUUGAGUUGGCGCUGGGCACGCAGGUGCGCCUCGAGUUUGCGGCUGGCUGGCGCCGCGACUUUGUGCGUGUGGUGGAUUCGCGCGUGGAGCUGCGCGUGGCGGAGACGGGCGCGCUGCUGGCGGCGCUGGACGUGACGCAGAGCAUGCUGGUGCGCGGUCAGUUUGUUGCCUUUGAGCUGGUGCACACGGUGGCGUCACCUGCGGUUGUGGGCCGCACGCUGCAAGUGUUGGUUCGUGCAGCGGAUUUGGGUGCGGGCCAGAUCAACUAUGACAACUUUGAUCUGGACGUUUUCCAGAUUGACCUCCCCACCACCUCGACCUCGACUAGUACCACGACGACCACUACCACCACCACUACCACCACCACCACCACCACUACUACUACUACUACUACUACCGCAGAGCCCACUACUACUACUACUACUACCACCACAACAACAACAACAACAACUACCAUUAUCGCUACGACGACUACUACCACUGCAGAUACAGGCUCGUGUGAGCCAGCAACGUGCACGUCCAACUUUGUCAUGAGAUCGCAAGCCAGCGUGACGGGUGGAUAUCGCACCAUGCCCUAUAGUGCCAGCGUGAUCAUGACGGGCUUGGUGACAGUCGCAGACUCAGCCGUGUACUUUAUGGCUGGAAAUGGCAAUAGUGCCUUCUUUGACGCACCAGUGCAACUGGCUGCUGGGCCGGGCUUGGCGCAACUGCGUGGUCUUGAUGUUGGGGAUGUUGAUGGCGACGGCAUUGCUGAUAUUGUAGUGGGUGGUGCCAGUCGUGUCUCUCUUCUGCACGCGUCCGUGGCUCCAACCUUUGCAACACAGCGUUAUCCCAUUUCCACGGCUGCUCAAGGUGUGCACGACUUGCGCUUGGCCGAUUUCAACGGCGAUGGUCGCCUGGACGUUGUGACUUCGGAGCGCUUUGGCUCAGUCGUCCGUGUCUAUCUGAAUCAACCGGGCGUGGGUGAUGCUUCUGGUCCCGUAUCCUGGGUGGUCACCGAAGUGGCUUCUGUCGCCGGGGCCUUUGGCCUUGACAUCGUCGACGUGGAGAACGAUGGCGACAUGGACUUUGUCGUUGCGAGCCGCGAUGGCGGUGAUGUACGCCUGUUCUUGAACGAUGGGAAUGCCACCUUUACCAACAGCGCUCUGCUCAGCGGUCUCAACGUGCCGCGAGACGUUGUGGCCGCUGACAUUGACGGUGAUGGCGAUGUUGACAUUCUUGUGGCCUCAGGAAAUGACAACGCCGUGUUUCUUCUGGAAAAUGAAAAUGGCGUUUAUGCUUCGUCACGAACUCUGUCCGUUCUUCCUGUCGAGCCCUUUGACAUGCACGUGGCAGAUAUUGACGGUGACUGUGACAUGGAUGUUGUUCUGGCUGAGCGGACCGGUGGGCAGAUUUCAGUUCUCAGCAACAAUGCUGGUGUCUUUACAUAUGCGAAUCUAGCCUCGGUCACGCGUCCCACGGACGUGCAUGUCGUUGACCUGGGCAGUGAUGGCGCCAUGGACAUUCUCGUUACAAACGACAAUACCGGACGCGUCGAUGUGCAUUUCAACUCGUGUGGUGGCCAAGAUCUCGGGUCCACGACUUCCGGUCCAAGCACUUCUUCGCCGCCUACCACCACCACAACUACCACCACAACAACCACAACGACUACAACCACAACCACAACGACUACAACAACUACAACAACCACAACGGAGGAAUGCCCACCGUUGGAUUCUUAUUGUACCGUCGGGUUUGGCACCUUUAAUAACGUGUGCUCACCUCGCUGGACGAUGAGCUCGGUUGGUUCUGGUACUGGUCAGGGCACAUAUGGCAUUGCUAUUGGAGACUUUGAUCAAAAUGGACUGCCGGAUAUUGUUUCGGCUUCGGCAGGUGAUAAUCUGGUCGCCAUUUCCAUGAACAACUUGGUCAACUCCCGCCCAACCUUCAACGUGGUGACUCUUUCCGAAGAUUUGGCGGGCCCACGUGAUGUGGCUGUUGCCGACUUCAACAUGGAUGGGCUGGAUGACGUUGUGGCUGUCUACUCGGGCAUCCAGGCUUUGGUCGUCUACCUCAACAAUGGCACGGGUGGCUUUGAUGCGAUGAUUGCCCCGGAUAGCGCAGGCGAUGUGACGGGAGUUUCGGCGUCCGAUUUUGAUGGUGAUGGCGAUGUGGAUGUUGUGAUCGCUCGACGCAACGACGAUAUCGUGCAAGUCUUUUUUAACAACGGCCAAGGGUCCAUGACGACGUCACGGGUGUUGUCUUCGUCUGUCGAUGGUGCUUUUGAUGUCGAGACUGCUGACAUGGACGGCGACGGCGAUGCGGACAUUGUUUCAUCCCAAGUCGACGGCAACACUCUUGUCAUGUGGGAAAACGAUGGUGCGGGCAAUUUUGUUGCUCGCACACUAGAUGCCAGCGUGGCUGGUCCUCGUGGCAUGAAACUAGUCGACAUCAAUGCCGAUGGCCACAUGGACGUGGUGGUCGCCGCAUCUGGUAGCAACAGCGUUUACUCAUACCUGCAAGACUCGACCGGUAACUACGUGCAAAACAUCAUCUCUACCGUCAGCAUUGGCGCGUACGAUGUGGAUGUGGGGGAUCUUGAUGGUGAUUGUGACUUGGACGUUGCGGUGGCGGCACGCGGCAGUAACACAGUCCGCUGGUUCAACUACGACUCUGCACAAAACACGUACAGCCCCAAUGCCGUGGCCGCAAGUCAAACCAACGUGCGAGUCGUUGUAGCCGUCGACAUCAACGCUGGUAAGUUUGAACCAACCAUUUGCGAGGUGCAACUGUUGGCAUCCACUCAUGUACACGCGGUUGAUGACGCUUCGCCAUGCAUGUAUAGAUGGGGACCUUGA